AAGAAAGAGAAAAAAUCUAACAUUGUGUAAUAUUGAUGUCAUUACAAAACAUAACAUGUAAUAAUGCUCGUCAUACGAGAGACGCCAUAGAACUCAAAAUAUCCAAAAGCAGCCAACAACGGAUACUUCUGUCCACGAAGUCCUCGUUUAACCGAUAAAACCUCUCUCAUUCUCUCUCUCUGAAAUUGGUAAGCAUACAAACCCAUCUUUGUUUCUACAUUAUUUAGUUUUCUCUUACGCAAUUCAACAAACAACAAUCAUGCAUAGCACCAAAGAUGUCUAAUUUAUAUGCACUUCACAGCUUUAUGUUCAUUGAAUUGAAUUGUUUAUGAUAAUUCAUAUAUGGCUGUGAUUAUACUCUGCUCCUCAAGGAUUUGCUGUAGUAAUUUUCAGUAUACUGCUGUAAGUGAUAGUAAACCCUUUGCUUCUACUUGUAAUGGGUCACUAGGAGGAAGAAAUUUUGGAAAUUUGAAGGUAUUGUCAUUUGGGUCUAAGGUGAAUUGGAAGAAACAUAGGAAAAAACAUGUGGGUGUCAAUGGGUUUCUGGUGAAAAGUUCACAUGAUGUGAUGGUGGUGAAUGGGAAGCCCAAAAAUGGCAUGUCUUCUGAGGAAGUUAUUCGGGUUUUAGAGUCGAUUUCGGACCCAAUUGGGGCAUUUUCGUUUUUCAAGUCAGUUGCUGAGCUGCCCAGUGUUUCUCACACCACUGAAACCUGUAAUUACAUGCUUGAGCUAUUGAGGGUUCAUCGGCGGGUGGAUGAUAUGGUGGUUGUGUUUGAUUUGAUGCAAAAGCAAAUCAUAAAUAGGAAUUUGACUACUUAUUUGACGAUAUUUAAGGUCCUUCAUGUAAGGGGAGGGAUUCGCCAAGCCCCAUUUGCGCUUGAGCGGAUGAAGAAAGCCGGGUUUGUUUUAAAUGGCUAUUCAUACAAUGGGUUGAUCCAUUUGCUGCUUCAAUCAGGGUGGUGUAAGGAGGCCUUGGAGGUUUAUAGAAGAGUGGUCUCAGAAGGGAUUAAGCCUAGUCUGAAAACUUACUCUGCGCUUAUGGUAGCGUCCGGGAAGAGAAGGGACAUUGGAACUGUCAUGGGUUUGUUAAACGAGAUGGAAAGCUUGGGUUUGAGGCCAAAUGUGUACACCUUCACUAUAUGCAUUAGAGUACUUGGGAGGGCUGGGAAAAUUAACGAAGCUUGCAGCAUAUUAAAGAGAAUGGAUGACGAGGGUUGUGGACCUGAUGUCAUUACCUACACAGUUCUCAUUGAUGCUCUUUGUAAUGCAGGAAAACUUGAUAGUGCUAAGGAAGUGUUUAUAAAGAUGAAAUCUAGCAGUCAAAAGCCUGAUAGAGUGACUUAUAUCACUUUAAUGGACAAGUUCAGUGACUGUGGGGACUUGGACACAGUAAGAGAAUUUUGGAGCGAGAUGGAGGCUGAUGGUUAUGCUGCAGAUACUGUUACUUUCACAAUACUUGUUGAUGCUUUAUGCAAAGCCAGGAAGGUUGACGAAGCAUUUGUUACAUUGAAUUCCAUGAGAAAUCAAGGGAUCUUGCCUAAUCUUCAUACUUAUAAUGCGUUAAUUGGGGGGCUUUUGAGAGUAAAUAGAUUGGAUGAAGCACUAGAACUUUGUAAUAGCAUGGAAUAUCUUGGUGUUGAACCUACUGCCUACACAUACAUCCUCUUCAUCGACUAUUAUGGAAAGUCUGGAGAGCCUGAAAAUGCUCUUAAAACCUUUGAGAAGAUGAAAGAUCGUGGAAUUGUUCCUAAUAUUGUUGCUUGCAAUGCAUCUUUGUAUAGUCUUGCAGAAAUGGGUAGGUUUGGGGAGGCGAAAAAUAUUUUCAAUGGACUUAAAAAUAGUGGGCUUGCUCCGGACUCGAUAAGUUACAACAUGAUGAUGAAGUGCUAUAAAAAGGCAGGGAAAAUAGAUGAAGCCAUUCAGUUACUCUCUGAAAUGAUGGCAAGCGGCUGUUGCCCAGAUGUUGUUAAUAUCAAUUCUUUGAUCGACACACUUUAUAAAGCUGAUCGGGUAGAUGAGGCAUGGGCAAUGUUUUACAGAUUGAAGGAGAUGAGACUUUCUCCAACGGUUGUAACCUUCAACACAUUACUAGCUGGAUUAGGGAAAGAAGGCAGAGUCCAAGAGGCCAUUGAAUUGUUUAAUAGCAUGUCUAAGCAUCACUGCCCUCCGAACACAAUUACUUUCAAUACACUUCUAGAUUGUCUUUGCAAGAAUGAAGAGGUUGAUUUGGCCCUGAAGAUGCUCUAUCAGAUGACAGGAAUGAAUUGCAGUCCUGAUGUUUUUACUUUUAACACUGUCAUUUAUGGACUGGCUAAAGAAAACAGAGUUAGUGAUGCAUUCUGGUUCUUCCAUCAGAUGAAGAAAAUACUCUACCCCGAUUAUAUAACUUUGUGCACCCUGCUUCCUUGCGUUGUGAAAGAUGGUCGGAUUGAAGAUGCUUUCAAAAUCAUUGAGGACUUCACUCAUCAGGAUAGGAAGCAGACAGACAGCCAUUUUUGGGAAGAUAUUGUGGAAGGGAUUUUGAGUGAAGCUGCAUUAGAAGAUUCCAUUUUGUUUGUUGAGAGAUUGGUGUCAGAUGGAAUUUGCAGAGACCAAUCAGUCAUGGUACCUCUUAUUAGGGUAUUGUGCAAGCAUAAGAAAGCCAUUGAUGCUCAUGAGCUAUUUGUCAAGUUUACAAAAAGCUAUGCAGUUCAACCAACCCCGGAAGCAUAUAAUCCUUUAAUUGAGGGGCUUCUUGAUAUUCAUCUUACUGAAAUGGCUUGGAAUCUUUUUAAGGAUAUGAAAGAUGCUGGUUGUGCUCCAGAUGUUUUCACCUACAACUUUUUGCUUCAUGAUCUCGGGAAGUCUGGGAGAGUCAAUGAACUUUUUGAACUCUAUCAAGAGAUGCUCUCCAGGGGAUGUAAGCCUAACACCAUAACUCAGAACAUACUCAUCUCCGGUCUUGUGAAGUCUAAUAGUAUAGAAAAAGCCAUAGAUUUGUACUAUGAUCUUAUGAGUGGAGAUUUCUCUCCGACUCCUUGUACUUACGGUCCUCUCAUAGAUGGUCUCUUGAAGCUGGGAAAAUUGGACGAAGCUAAGAAUUUCUUUGAGGAGAUGAUUAAUUAUGGGUGCAAACCGAACUGUGCUAUCUACAAUAUUCUUAUAAAUGGAUUUGGGAAAAUGGGUGAUGUGGAAACAUCUUGUGAGUUGUUUGAUAGGAUGCUUAAAGAGGGAAUAAGACCAGAUUUGAAGUCCUACACUGUUCUUGUAGAUUGCCUCUGCAUGGCGGGGAAAGUGGAGGAUGCUAUGCACUACUUUGAGGAACUAAAGACAAGUGGCCUUGAUCCUGAUUUAAUAUCUUAUAACCUUAUGAUUAAUGGCCUUGGAAGAUCUAAAAGAGUAGAUGAAGCUCUCUCCCUUUUUGAUGAGAUGAGGUGUAGACGGAUCAGUCCUAACCUUUACACCUACAAUUCCUUGAUACUCAAUCUCGGGAUUGUUGGAAUGGUAGAGGAAGCAGGGAAGAUGUAUGAAGAACUCCAACUUAAGGGCCUUAAACCUAAUGUCUUCACAUAUAAUGCUCUCAUUCGAGGGUAUAGCGUGUCAGGGAAUCCUGAUCGUGCAUUUGCAGUCUAUAAGAAGAUGAUGGUUGGGGGCUGUAGCCCCAACACUGGCACAUUUCAACAGCUUCCUAAUCAAGCUUGACAAUUUUGAGGUUCUUCAAGGGACAAGGGCUGCUCAUUGUACUUCAGAAUUUUGUACUCAAGGCAUACUAGGGGUUCGUUAGCCUGAUUGUACUUUCUUGCCACGGUCAUGAAAAUUUGCAUUCUGAGGCUGCUCAUUUUAUAUGAGGUGGACCUAGAUGCAUCUGCAAGGUCGGGUGGUGAUAUUGCUACCUUGUUUCAACUCACGAAACAUUCCAUGGAAACCGGUCCAGGGCAAUUAAGGUGUACUUUAUGUCCACGAGGAUGUAAAUAUUCGAUUAUUGUAAAUCAUACCCUUUAGCUUCUGUUGUGUAGCAUCAAUCCAAAUGUGUAAAUGCCACCUUGAUUCAUCCUUGUUCAAAAUUUUAUGGAUUAGGUUAUCAGUAAAUCUGGAAUAGCAGUUCAAUUUGUAACAACAUGCUUCUAUACAAUCAGUUCUGUACCUAGAUAUAACAUGAUUUGUAUUGUGAAUAA